GACCAGAAGUGUGUUCGAAAAUUACCACUAGAUGGAGGCAUUGCCUCAAAUUAAGACAUUCCAAUCAUUAUUUCUCAGGAGUUUGUCAGCUGUUUGUCAGCAAGACCAUUAACUAAUUACAUGAUGUUUGUGUACCUGUACCUGCUCUAUUAAACAUGGAAUGGCUACACCACAAUAUUAUCUGAUCAAAUCUAAUCAAAUAACAUAUUUUAAUUACAAACAUAAACCCUAAAUGUAUCGAGGAGCCAUCUUAAAGAGAUUCUCUGGUACGUUUGUAUACUUUUUAGCCAGUAGUUCUGAAAGUAGCACUCAGGAUACAAAAGUAGUCCUUAAAAUUGCAUCCUCUGUCACAUAUGUGCAGAUAUGUGCACCAGGUCAUUGCGCUCACUCUCUUUCUCUCUCUGCUGUGUCCACUGAGCCGGGCCCACACUGCAACCUUAUUGGAUAACACUGGACAGGCCUCUCCUAGCUUUCACUGAAAUUUGAGGGGCUGAAGCUCAUUGGCAAGAACUGGAAUUGCUAGGGGCUGGCCCAGGUUGUGGGAAAUGUAGGGAAAACAGCUUCAAGAUAACAAUUGCUUUCAAGCUAGGGAUUUUGUGGCUAAUUGAAGUAAGACAGUAAGUCUGCUCAUAGAUAAUGCAUUUAUGAACUACACAUCCAGCUCAAAGCGGGAGGUUUCAAAAAUACCUUUUUAGUCGCCAAAGUACAGGAGCAUGUCUUUAACAUAAUACGUUUAAGAGAUAUGGCUAAAUCAAUUUCAUCCCAUUGCUAUUUUAGUGUUUAAGGAAUUUAGGGGAUGAAAUUAUACAAAACCUUUGAACCAUUGACAUGUCAAAUCAUUGCAUUCCAAUGUUAAAAGCGGCACAUGAGUGCUGCCGUAAGUGGACACGGCAAACUAUUUAUUUCACCUUAGUGUGGUCAGGUGGAUAACAUGAGGGAGGCUACUUGCAUGAACUACACCUCUUCUCCAUAAUGGAUAUGGGAGGCCACUUCUGCUUCUCCUUAUCAUUCUAUAAAUAAAGGAUCACCAGUACACUCCAAUCUAGAACUGGCAAGCCCAGUGACAGAACACUUCAUGUGCUUCAAGAGGCAUCGUGCUCUGUGAAUAACUAAUUCCAACUUUUUUGCGGCCUCUGAAAUGUCUUUUUACGCAGAUCCUUUUUAAACGUCUAGAGCACUUGCAAUGGAUUUUAAAGAGCUGGGAGGUGAGGAUAACCUCGACGAAGAUACCGAGGGAGAAGCUGAGGAUUUGAACAAUGUGAAAGCACUUACCGAAAAACUAAAGUUACAAACCCGCAGACCAUCAUACUUUGAAUGGCAGGAGCGCUUGCAGAGCCAACCAUGGAAGGAGAACCCAAAUGGUUCAAAAAAUGGCCAAGAGACUGCAGAGAAAUAUGUGCUCUUGCCUGAAAUUACGCGGGAUGAGAACUCAGAUCUAACCAUCCGCAACAUCUGUGGCUUCGAUAGCAUUAAUGACGCGUUGGAAUUUCUUAGGAAAGAGUUGGUGGAGAUGCGGUUCCAGGACAACCGUCUGGCUCGGCAGCUGAUCCGCCUGCGUGUGGAGAUCCACCGGCUGAAGGUGGAGCAGGUGUGUCACCGCCACAAGGAGAUGCUGGACGACGCCACCUACGAGCUGAAGGAGUGUGGCGAGGAGUCUGACCUGCUCUGUGACAUCCCCAUGAAGGCUGCCUUCGCCCUCUCCACCCCCCUCAAACACCUUGGCCUCACCAAGAUGAACAUUAACUUCCGACGCUUCUCCCUCUGUUAAAACAUAUUCCACCCUGUGAGGAUGGAUUUACUGUAUUAACACCUCUGUCUAAUCUACGCAGGGUAAUCAGGGGUGUUUCACUGCAACGGUUUCUGUUAUUACACGAGAGGGAAGACGAAUGGCUGGAAGAGUAUGCAGACAGUAAUUAGCCAAGUGGGAGGAAAUGGAAAUGACUCCUUUGAUUCGUGCCCCAGCCCUGACUUGAGAGAGAUAGAUACAGGCCUCCAUAGUAAAGCCCUGUAAGGGCAAAACACAAACCCAUCGCAUAGCAGCACCUUUCUACUGUACCUCAGGGAAGGUGCUGACUGAUAGGUCAGAGUAGACAGGGAAGAUAGUGAUGAGGUGUGGAUCUGGGAUGGAGUUGGUGCGAGUCUGGAUCGCCAUGGUGUCAGAUCAAUUGCACUGUACAAAGGCAAUAGUUAAGAUGACCCUCUGAUAGAAUGAAUAAGACUGCCAUGAUGGUGAACACAACUGUAACUAGAGAUGUCUCUUGAGAGUUGCAAAGGGGAAUUGUCUUUCUUCAGAUGAAGAAAAAUCUAUCACAGCGCUAACACUCGCUAACUUGAGUUCCAUACUCUAACCCCAGCCCAGGAGGAAGUAUAUAUAAGACACUAGUCACAUCACUAGGGACAUGUUCCCAAACCCUGUUGAAGGCCAGGCCCCCCCACCUCUGUGUUGGCAGAGUCCCAGACAGCAGUCCACAGGAAGCUGGAGGUUACGUUCCAGCAUUCUUUCACCUCUUUAGAGACCAAAAACAACAAGGACCUCCAUGGGGUCAUGGCUUCAAUGAUAUGACAUAAUUGGAGGCUAUGUCCUAUGUACUCCAUGCAUUUUAUUUUCCAUUAGAUGAAGACAGAUCACAGUCCAAUGUGACAAUGUUGUGUCAGAUUAUCAGGGUUGAGUUUAGAUGUGUUUAAAGAUAUUGUUCUCAGGAAGAGAGAUAGGAGGAGAAACUGAAAGUAUCUUUGGGGAAAUUAAGAGGGAGUUAAUUUUGAACAAGAUUUGGUGGGUUUUUAUCGAUGUUUGCUGAAUAUUACCCAACAAAGUUUAAAAUUUAAAAAGUUUCAAAUUUUGUUACAAAGUUGUAAUACAUAAAAAUGUAGAUUUGUAAGUGCCUUAUGUACAGAGUUUUCACCUAUAUAAUGCAGGAAUAUGUUAUGGUUAUCAUUUAAUCUAUGAGGGAAAUAUAAAUGAUUGGAGACAGAGCUGUUCUUUGAAGAUGCUUGUUGUUAAACGUUUUUUUGUUAGCUAUUAACUCACAUAUAAAAAGGGAACAAACUUGAAAUUGAAAAUAAUGUUUUUUUUUAGUUGUCUGUCUAUCCAUUAGAGAACUGGGUAAAUGACCUCUGUCAAUACCUGUGACCUCACUGAGUGCUCAUUUAGCUGUAACCUUUCACAUCCUGAAAUUCCAUUAAUGCACAGUUUCAUCUUUCAACUGCAUCAGGCAUUCAUCUUUUUAAAAUGACGUGGUGUAGGCUUAACUUCUCAGAAAAACCCUUAAAGGUCCAAUGCAGCCAUUCUUUAUCUCAAUAUCAAAUCAUUUUUGGGUAACAAUUAAGUAACAAUUGGUAGAGCCCCACCAGCCAAACCCUCCCCUAACCCGGACGACGCUCUCCUAACCCGGACGACGCUCUCCUAACCCCUAACCCGGACGACGCUGGGCCAAUUGUGCGCCGUCCUAUGAGGCCACUCAGGAGGUCUUUUCAAACAGUUCUUACACCAUGAGGGUAGUUGUCAUAAUUUUCACAAUUUCACAGUAUUAUUCCAACCUCAUAGUGUGAAAACAUAACUAAAACACAGAAAAAUCACAUUUUUGACUGCACAGGGCCUUUAUGGGGUACAAGAAUAAAUUGAUGAGUUCAUAACCAUGUCAAGUUGUUUUCAAUUAUUGUACAAAAUGGGUACAUAUACAAGAUGUGUGAAGUAGACGUGAUAUACUAGUUUAUGAGAUGACCUCAUGUAUGACGUGAGAGAGAGAGAAAAAAAGAGAGAACCAGGCCAAUUGGAACCAUUGUAAUGAAUGACAGGAUAAAUACAGGGUACACAGGGUCUCAGGUAGUACCUUAAGGCCUGGUCCUUCAUUGGAUAUCCUCAUGUCAUUUCCUGUGUAAUGUGGUUUCUAUUCCUAGUGUCUCUCACCUAUGCUGUUACCAUUUUUCAUAAAGUUCGACUGCCCUGCAAUUAAGAUGGUUUUCUCUGUCCUCACUCCCCUCACAUGUACUGUUAAUCAACUAAUAAACUGAUAGCCCUAAGUACGUUA